GGUGGGCUGUGUGCAGUAAACUGGAAUGCUCUCCCUGGCUCACUCAGUGCAGGGGUGAUGUGAAGCAGGGCAAGCUAAGGCUGCAGCUGCCGUUGGCUUUGUGUGGACUGGACUCAGUGUUUGGGAGACGAGGGAGGAUUAUUACUCCAAUUCACAGUCAAUGGAAUUACAGCUACAGCAGCGGUGCACAUAAGAUUGCUUUUUCUCAUCUUUCUGAGAAUACCUGUUCUUGUAUAACGUGACUGCACCAGAAAUUCUGAGAAAGCAGCAAGAAGCAAAAGCUGGAAAUAGCUAUUUCACAGCAGGGCUCUGAAGUAACAGAAAAUCCUUGUGUAAAGACCUCAACACUGCUGACCAUGAUCAGUCCAGCCUGGAGCCUUUUCCUCAUCGGGACUAAAAUUGGGCUGUUUCUUCAAGUGGCACCUCUACCAGUUAUGGCUAAAUCCUGUCCAUCUGUGUGCCGCUGUGAUGCGGGUUUCAUUUACUGUAAUGAUCGUUUUCUGACAUCCAUCCCAACAGGAAUACCAGAGGAUGCUACAACUCUCUACCUUCAGAACAACCAAAUAAAUAAUGCUGGGAUUCCUUCAGAUUUGAAAAACUUACUGAAAGUAGAAAGAAUAUACCUAUACCACAACAGCUUAGAUGAAUUUCCUACCAACCUCCCAAAGUAUGUAAAAGAGUUACAUUUGCAAGAAAAUAACAUAAGAACUAUCACUUAUGAUUCACUUUCAAAAAUUCCAUAUUUGGAAGAACUGCAUUUAGAUGAUAACUCUGUCUCUGCUGUUAGCAUUGAAGAGGGUGCGUUUCGAGACAGUAACUAUCUCCGACUGCUUUUCCUAUCCCGCAACCACCUUAGCACAAUUCCCUGGGGUUUGCCCAGGACUAUAGAGGAACUACGCUUGGAUGAUAAUCGCAUAUCCACUAUUUCAUCACCAUCUCUUCAAGGUCUCACUAGCCUAAAACGUCUGGUUUUAGAUGGAAAUCUUUUGAACAAUCAUGGUUUAGGUGACAAAGUUUUCUUCAACCUAGUUAACUUAACAGAACUGUCACUGGUACGAAAUUCCUUGACUGCUGCACCGGUAAACCUUCCAGGCACAAACCUGAGGAGGCUUUACCUUCAAGAUAACCACAUCAACCGGGUGCCCCCAAAUGCUUUUUCUUACCUAAGGCAGCUGUAUCGACUUGAUAUGUCCAACAAUAACCUAAGUAAUUUACCUCAGGGUAUCUUUGAUGAUUUGGACAAUAUAACCCAACUGAUUCUUCGCAACAAUCCCUGGUAUUGUGGGUGCAAGAUGAAAUGGGUACGUGACUGGUUACAGUCACUACCUGUUAAGGUCAAUGUGCGUGGGCUCAUGUGCCAAGCUCCAGAAAAAGUUCGUGGAAUGGCCAUCAAGGACCUCAAUGCAGAGCUGUUUGAUUGUAAAGACAGUGGGAUUGUAAGCACGAUUCAGAUAACCACUGCAAUACCCAACACAGUGUAUCCUGCUCAAGGACAGUGGCCAGCUCCAGUGACCAAACAACCAGAUAUUAAGAACCCCAAGCUCACUAAGGAUCAGCGAACUACAGGGAGUCCCUCAAGAAAAACAAUUAUAAUUACUGUGAAAUCUGUCACCUCUGAUACAAUUCAUAUCUCCUGGAAACUUGCUCUACCUAUGACUGCUUUAAGACUCAGCUGGCUUAAACUGGGCCAUAGCCCAGCAUUUGGAUCUAUAACAGAAACAAUUGUAACAGGGGAACGCAGUGAAUACUUGGUAACAGCCCUGGAGCCUGACUCACCCUAUAGAGUAUGCAUGGUUCCCAUGGAAACCAGUAACCUCUACUUAUUUGAUGAAACUCCUGUUUGUAUUGAGACUGAAACUGCACCCCUUCGAAUGUACAACCCUACAACCACCCUCAAUAGAGAGCAAGAGAAAGAACCUUACAAAAACCCCAAUUUACCUUUGGCUGCCAUCAUUGGUGGGGCUGUGGCCCUGGUGACCAUUGCCCUUCUUGCUCUAGUAUGUUGGUAUGUUCAUAGAAAUGGGUCCCUCUUCUCAAGGAACUGUGCAUACAGCAAAGGGAGGAGAAGAAAGGAUGACUAUGCAGAAGCUGGCACUAAGAAAGACAACUCUAUCCUGGAAAUCAGGGAGACUUCUUUUCAGAUGUUACCAAUAAGCAAUGAACCCAUCUCAAAGGAGGAGUUUGUAAUACACACCAUAUUUCCUCCUAAUGGAAUGAAUCUGUACAAAAACAAUCACAGUGAAAGCAGUAGUAACCGAAGCUAUAGAGACAGUGGUAUUCCAGACUCAGAUCACUCACACUCAUGAUGCUGGAGGACCUGCAGCAGACUGUGUUUCAGGUUUUUUUAAACCUAAGGGAGAUGAUGGUAGGAACCCUGUUCUACUGCGAAACACUGGAAAAAAAAAAAAAGACUGAGAAAGCAAUGUACUGUACAUUUGCCA